AUGGCCAUUAGAAAAUCCAAUAAGCUCCCACAAGCAGAUGUUAUCAAGCAAAUUCUCAAAAGAUGCUCUAGUUUUGGAAAGAAACAGGGUUGCAAUGAAGAGGGUCUUCCUCAAGAUGUACCAAAAGGUCACUUUGCAGUGUAUGUUGGUGAAAACAGGACCAGAUAUAUUAUCCCAAUUUCAUGGUUGGCUCAUCCACAGUUUCAAAGUCUUCUCCAAAGAGCUGAGGAGGAGUUUGGGUUCAAUCAUGACAUGGGCCUUACCAUCCCAUGUGAUGAAGUUGUUUUUGAGUUCCUUACCUCAUUUAUUAGAUAA